AUGUUCAGAGCCUGGGUGGGUCGGCCUGACGGGGUCUUUGUGACCGACUACUUCACCCGCACACCACGCAAGCUGAGCCCCUUCCGCUCCUUUGCCAGCAUCGAGCUCUUCCACUUCCACAUCCCCGAGGACACAGUCAUUGCUGUCUGGAACCUCAUCACCUUCAAGGAGCAGGGUGGCACCUUCGGGGACCAAUGCCCAGACCGUAGCAUCACCGUGUAUUUCCGCUCAGGGGCUCCCUCCGUCAUUAACCCGCUGCGCACGCACUUUCCCAGGGACACGGCUGUCCCUGGCUCCUUCGCACUGACCCUCACCUGGACCCUGCCCAACCGCACCACCGGGGUGUUCAACGUCACCAGCCCGCUGCCUGGGGACUGGUUCCUGGCUGCCCACCUGCCCAAAGAUGAGGGCAAGAUCUCCGUCAAGGGGCUCUAUGAGGAGUGCCAGUAUCUCUUCCAGCCACAGCUCAUCGUGCAGCGCCUAGUGAACAUUGCCGUGCUGUACCCCGGCUAUGUCACCGAGCAGAGCAUGGCCCCCCACAACCGCUCCUGCCUCUACAAGGUGUUUGUGCCCAGCUACACAUCGCGUGUGCUGGUGGAGGUGCUGCGGUGCCGUGGGGCCGAGGGCUGCCCGCUCUGGCUGCGCGUGCGGGCCAAGGCUCCCCCCCUGCACAACUCCACGGCACUGGACUGCCGGGAGCACGCUCCCUGCCAGCUGGCACUGGACCUGCCCUUCUGGCAGCACUGGUACUACGUACUGGUGGAGAAACACCCUGGGGUGCCGGGCACCGUCUCCUUCCAGGUCACCGUGCAGCUCACAGCCUGGCCCGGCCUGCGCAAUGAGCUGGACACCUUCUCCGUCCACUUCUACAUCUUCUUCGGGCCCAAUGUGUCCGUGCCGCCCGACCGCCCCGCUGUCUUUGUCAUCAACCUCCUACCGGUGCUGGACAGUGGUGGGGUGCUCAACCUGGAGCUGCGGCUCAAUGUGAGCUCCCUGUGUGGUGAGAACGUGACGGUAUUCGGCUGUCUGAACCAUGAGGUCCCGCUGAUGUCCGGUGACAACGCAUCGGUCACCUGUGAGACGGAAUCCCUGGCAGGCUUCCUGCUCUCCGUCAAUGCCACGGCCAGCCUCAGCCGCCUGCGGAUCCCCUACCCCCAGACGGGCAGCUGGUACCUGAGCCUGCGCUCACUCUGUGCCACAGAGCAUGGGUUCGAGCCUUGCACCAACGUGACGGCUGAGGUGUACCUGCGCGCCUACCUCUCGCCCUGCAUCAACGACUGCGGCAUCUACGGCCAGUGCAAGCUGCUGCGCACCAACAACUACCUGUAUGCCGCCUGCGAGUGCAAAGCUGGAAUCAUGGCCGUCGCCUGGACAGCUCGCACCAUCCGGCGCCGCCACUGCUACCCGCCGACCUGGAAGCGCUGGGCUUUCUACCUGUGCCGGGGAGCACUGAUCGCGGCGGCCGCCGUGCUGCUCUACGCCUUCGUGGAGACGGAGGAGAACUACUUCUACAUCCACAGCAUCUGGCACCUGCUCAUCGCCGGCAGCGUCGCGGGGGAGCUGGGCCUCGUUGCCCCAGCCGUGGCCUCCAUCAACAGUAUUUGUACCAGCUGA